AUGGCACAUAUCUAUAGAAAAGGUAAUGAUUUAACAGCGAAUACAGAAAAUGUAAAGAAUGUUUCAAAGAAGUAUCCUAUUCACUCGAAAGCUUCGACAGUGAAUCAAAUGUCUUACAAAUAUCGCCGUAAUACUAGUAAUGGUAAAUUAUUGAAGACUUCACGCGAACUUUGUACAAAGAGAUCCGAUAUGACCAUAUUUGAUGCGGUAAAUGAUGAAGAUACUCGUGCCAGAAAAUUUCCAGUCAAUGUUAUGCACAGCUCGAUAUCAAACGAAUCCAUCAAUACAGAUCAGUUAGAUACCACUUGGCUUAGUUCUAGUCCUUACUCUUGGAAUAGUCAGCAAGUUGCGUAUUUUGUAUGUACUAUUGAUGGUUGUGAGAGAUAUGGACAGUUAUUCCUUAAUGAGCAAGUUGAUGGAGAAGCAUUACUGCUUUUACGCGAAGAACAUUUAAUUUCUAUCUUAAAUUUAAAGCUCGGUCCUGCGUUAAAAAUACUUGCCAAAGUUAAAAAAUUAAAGUCGGAUUGGGCGAACGGAAAAAUACCGGGAUUACUAAACGACAGAGAAAAACAAACAUUAUUGUAA